AUGGCCAGUGUGAAGCUGCUCAAGACACCAUCUGGCAAUGUUAUCAGCAGUCUUAAAUACCAAUGGCCCCUCAUUUUCCUAGCAAGAGAAAAGAUUGCUGCUCCCUCAUCAUACUUGACAGCCAAUGGCUCUUCGAAGGGCUCCUUUUAUACCCUUCUAAACAAGUUCUGCAAGUAUGAGCAUGAUGACAUUGUGUCUACGGUCAGUGUCCUGAGCUCUGGCACACAAGCUGUCAGUGGUAGCAAAGACUUCUGUAUCAAGAUUUGGGACCUUGCUCAGCAGAUGGUACUGAGUUCAUACCGAGCUCACGCAGGGCAGGUUGCCUGUGUUGCUGCCUCUCCCCACAAGGACUCUGUGUUUCUUUCAUGCAGUGAGGACAAUAGAAUUUUACUCUGGGAUACCCGUUGCCCCAAGCCAGCAUCACAGAUGGGCUGUAAUGCCUCUGGUUACCUUCCUACCUCCCUGGCUUGGCAUCCUCAGCAAAGCGAAGUCUUUGUCUUUGGUGAUGAGAAUGGGACUGUCUCUCUUGUGGACACCAAAAGUGCAAACUGUGCCCUCAAAUCAGCUGUGCACACCCAGUGUGUCACUAGACUUGUGUUCUCCCCACACAGUGUUCCCUUCCUGGCCUCCCUCAGUGAAGACUGCUCACUUGCUGUGCUGGACUCCAGUCUUUCUGAAGUGUUUAGAAGCCGAGCCCACAGAGACUUUGUGAGAGAUGCUACUUGGUCUCCACUCAAUCACUCCCUCCUCACCACAGUGGGGUGGGACCAUCAGGUCAUCCACCAUAUUGUGCCCACAGACCCUCUCCCAGCCCCUGGACCUGAGAGUGUUGCCGAGUAGACUGGAUUUCAGAAAACGAAGCAAUCCCCUAUGAGAAUCCCCUUUUUCACCCCUGUCGGUCAGUUGUUAGACAACAUAGGAGCCUUGUAUAAGAUGUUGUCACUAGAUCUCUG